AUGGGACAGGCAGUAUUCAAUAAUGUUGGUCGAGAUCUUAAUCAUAACUACUAUGCUGCCAAUCCCCUUUGGGACGCGAUUGCAGACAUUGGAGCUUCCCACAACUCGGAGCAACAGGUUGAACGGGGUCGUUGUCUCCCUGGAACCCGUCAGGCAGUGCUUCAACUCAUUCAUAACUGGAGAACUUCGGAAGGCCAGCAUUCACCAGUAUGCUGGCUUUCUGGUGCUGCAGGGGUCGGAAAGUCCGCUAUCGCACUGACUGUCGCCGAAGAAUGCGAGAAAGAUGGGCUUGUCGCUUCGUUCUUCUUUUUUAGGACUGAUCCAAAGCGCAACAACCCCUCCUCUCUCAUUCUAUCCAUUGCACAUGGCCUCGUCGUGACAAGGCCAGAUUUGAAGCCUCUUGUCGACCAGAAAAUUACUGCAGAUCCCAGUAUCCUGAAAGCCAGGUUGGAAAAACAAUACGAGGAACUUGUUUUGGAGCAUGUUUUGCUCCCCUGCUCUCACAAAAGCCCCGACUUGAUCAUUAUUGAUGGCCUUGAUGAAUGUAGCGAUGCUGCUACACAGGGCCGUCCCGAAUCCUGGAUCAAAGAGGAAUUCAGUCAGUUCCAUCGACUAACGAAACAUAUUCAACUGGACGAUUCUUUCCUUCCUAGAUACAACAUUGAACUCUACCUCGAUAAAGGGCGAAGUAUACCACUCAAGAGUCAACCUAAUAUCAGAGCUACGGGAGUAGCACCAACACCAAAUCAACCCAAAAACUAG